GCGGGUCGGCCUCGUGUCGCAGCCCAGCGGUAAAAGCCAGGCAGACCCAGCGCGCCGCGAGCGCUCACUCACCCUCCACACCACUUGACUCAUGGCUGCCGGCUGAGGUUUGGCAGUGGAGACGAUGAACCGCGUUAGUCAACGGGAUGGCCCGGUUCCCGACCGCGGGCCCGCCCUCAUCGUCAUGAUGUGGGUGCUGACCGCGCUGUCGCUGGCGACGGUGAUUCUGCGCUUUUACUUCCGCGCGCGCCGGGCGCAGAUCGGCUGGGACGACAUCUUCAUGGGGACGACCUGGGCGUGCUUCGUGGGCUGGUCCACGGUGCUGACGCUGUACGCGAACCGCGGCGGCUGCAUGCACAUCUGGGAUGUCCAGGAGCGCGGCGUGGACAACCUCACACGCGUGAUUCUGCUGAAUUGGUCGUCGCAGAUCUUCGGCAUCAUUGGCGUCGCGUCCGGCAAGAUCUCCAUCUCCGCGCUGCUCCUGCACAUCAUGCGCGACGGCGGCUGGAAGUGGCAGCGCAUCUACAUCUGGACGGUGACUGUCGUGCUGACGAGCUGUGUCGCCGUCGCGUGCUCGCUGCUCACGUUCCUGCAGUGCAGUCCGCCGAGCCGUCUGUGGGACCUGCGGGUGGAGGGAACGUGCAUGGAUCCCGAGGUCAUGGCGGGCUUUGGCAUCUUCACUGGCGCGUUCUUUACCUUCGCCGAUGCCAGCCUCGCCAUCAUCCCGCUCAGCAUCUUCUCGCGGCUGCGUAUCAGCAUGCUGCAGCGCAUCCAGCUGUGCAUCGUCUUCGGCCUGAACAUCCUCACCUCGAUCUGCUCGGGCAUCAAGACCCAGUACCUGGCUGAGCUUGGUAACCGCACCGACCAGACGUGGGCGACGUACGACAUCUUCGCGUGGGUCACCGCCGAGCUCUUCCUCCUGGUCGUGUGCGGCACGGUGCCGACUCUGUACCCUCUUCUGCGCGCCAUACAGACGGCGCUUGCAUUCGUCAGAGACCUAGUGGCGCGGCGCCCACGAUCAGGCGAAGAGCCGCUGACACAGCACGACGAAGUGCUGACGGUUGGAAAGAUCAGGAUGCGGAUGCAGAGAGAGAUGACGGAGGUAUCGUCAGACGGGAGCAGAAGCGAGGCUCAGCCGAAUCAUAACGAUGGGGAGUGGCGAGUGCGGACAAGAGUACAGCGGUGACGCUGGUGUUGUGCAUGGAAGCACUGCAUUGAACCGCGAGAUUCAGGGAAACAGUGGGUAGUUACAAUGAAAUGACACAUGGCGUAAGGUUAAAAGGGACUGAGAAAAUAUUGGAGUCUGAGACAGACAGAGCAUGCCACACUCUGGUUGAAUUGAAGCUGUGACGAGAGAGUUGAUUGCCAAUGGCUCACAAUGGCUGUUCGAUGAGAGUCCAUAAGAUGUUUGACGAGAGGGGAUCUAGAAUAAGACGGGAGACUUGUGAUGAAAAUGUCGGCCAAGAUGCAAAGGGAUAAACAAUGGCAUUGAUGACUAACGGAUGAGGGGUCGACAUCAAUACACACAAACAGACUCGGGAAUUGACGCAGACGAGAUUCAGCCGAUCAAUUGUGGGAUAUGUGCGCUGAAGAUAAAGCA